GCUUACCAUAAUGUGCUACGGGCCAGAGCUCUCCGGUACAACGUCGGGCCGACGACACUGCGGGGCUGACAUAAUCCGAACUUGCCCGUCCUAAAGCAGCGCCAUAUAACGCCCGAUGCGUACACCAGCUAUCGACCCUGAGCUUCACCUCGCAUCAACAUCGCAACCUGGAAACUCCGCAGUACCCAGUAACAUCCCCAGACCCUUUGCAGCUUCAGCCCUCUCUCUGCUUAGCGGCAAUAUACCCCCCUAUUUAACCUUCGUCUCUCUACAAUCCACGGCAUAUUUUCAUCCAAUAUGGCUGCCGGUCCUGAUGACGCAGGCCUUUUGAUAGAAGCCAAGAGCCUCGUCAAGACAGAUCCGACCAGAGCAGAAUCGCUCUACCAGAAUAUCCUGUCGAAGGGCGUGGGAUCCACCGAAGCUUCUUUGCGCGAUUAUGAAGCUGCGCUCGUGGGGUUGGGGGAACUGUAUUGCGACCAGAACAAACCAACAGAACUUGCAGAGCUGCUUAAAACGAGCCGAUCAGCGUUCUCAUCCUUUGCCAAAGCGAAGUCAGCGAAACUAGUCCGGCAACUCCUCGAUUUCUUCGCUGCUAUUCCCAACACCCUUGACAUUCAGAUCCUUGUCAUCAAGUCAUGUAUAGAGUGGGCAGUAUCAGAACGGCGGUCAUUCCUCCGUCAGAACCUAGAGACACGGCUUGUGACAAUAUAUAUGCAAAAGCAAUCCUACUACGAUGCCCUCACCUUAAUCAAUUCCCUCCUCCGCGAACUCAAACGUCUUGACGAUAAACUCGUGCUCGUGGAAGUGCAGCUGUUAGAGUCCCGCGUCUACCACGCUCUAGGCAACCAGCCAAAGGCCCGCGCGGCAUUGACCUCAGCCAGGACAUCAGCAGCGUCUGUCUACACACCGCCACUCCUACAGGCAGGUCUAGACAUGCAAAGCGGUAUGCUCCACGCGGAAGACAAAGACUUCACCACCGCCUUCUCCUACUUCAUCGAGGCGCUGGAAGGCUACCAUUCGCAAGACGAAGCCAGCAAAGCCACCUCAGCCCUUCAAUAUAUGCUGCUAUGCAAAAUCAUGCUCAACGCCGUCCACGACGUCAAUUCGCUACUCGCCUCCAAGCAGGCGCUCCGAUACGCUGGGACAAACCUUGAAGCCAUGAAGGCCGUCGCGCGCGCACACUCCAACCGCUCGCUGGAAGAGUAUGAGAAGGCGCUAAAUGACUAUCGAUAUGAACUCGGCAGCGACGUGUUUAUCCGCAACCACCUCCGCCGCCUGUAUGAUGCGAUGUUGGAGCAGAAUCUGAUCAAAGUCAUCGAGCCCUUUAGCCGGGUUGAAAUUGAUCAUAUUGCAAAGAUGGUUGGGCUGGAUACGCAGCAGGUGGAGAGGAAGUUGUCGCAGAUGAUCCUGGAUAAGGUGAUUAUCGGCGUGCUGGACCAAGGGGCGGGCUGUUUGAUUGUCUUUGACGAGGCGGAGAGGGAUCAGGGGUAUGAUGCUGCGCUGGAGACAUUGGAGAAACUCGGGAAUGUCGUGGAUGUUUUGUACACUAAUCAGGCAUCGAUGCUUGAGUAGAGAGGGUCUCGUCGUUUCAUUAAACUAUUUUAGAUAAAUGAUAUGGAUUUUAUUUUCUUCCUUCUAUCCUUCGCCCCCUUUAAAUUCGAUGCUACCCGCUGGUAAGGAUACAGAAACAAACAGUGCAGGAGAGAACAAAAGCGGCGGACUGGGCAAGAACAGGGCCAAAAAAAAAAAAAAAAAAAAAAAAAAAAAAAAAAAAAAGAGCCCGAAAGAGGAAAACAAUAGGGAGGUAACACUAAUCUGUGGAAGAAAAAGCAAAGAGGGCAGAGCGGAGCUCUCGAUAUUGCCAUUGUCAAAACUAUCUCUCGAAGCAUCCCAAAAGGCUGGUGGAAGUACCAUAGAAAAUAAUUGCGGGAAAUCCAUUGCAAACGAAAAUAGAAUCCUAACCAACACAAGGGCGAUGGAUAGGUUACAGUCUUCCCAAGCGGAGACAGGGCGUGUAAAACCUCGAGAUGAAAACAAAAAGAUAACGCCCGUGACAAGAAGGGGAUAAAUAAAUGAGUAGAUCGGACAAGAUAUUCUUCGCAGGAAAAAAAAGCAUAUGUGCACGCGUAUAGGGAAACAUUAUACUGGCUGAAAUUUAAAGAAUAAAUCAUUUGGUAUAUAUCAUUUCAUUAACUUUGGGGGGAUGGGUGGUUUUGGGGGGGGGGACUCUCCAUGCUCUUUCCUCUCUGAGAGAAAACAAUAUAAGAUAAAACAUGCUCACGAGUACCA